AUGGAACAACCCAAAUCAGUUCUCACGAUGACAGGCAGAUUUGCGAAUGAAAUAUUGAGCUUCAUUAUCUUCACUCUAUUAGACAUCCUCGAUUUCUUGUUAUGUUAUGUUUACAAAAUACUAGAUUAUCUAAUCGAAGCAGAAUGGAAACCGUGUUAUUGUUCUUCUGAGAAAGAAGCCAUUACCAGCAGUGGCAAGAUCUUAGUCUCCGAACAUGGAGAAUCAAAAAUUUUGUACCUCACUCCCACCAAGUUACGGCUCGAGGAAAUCUCAGACACGCUCUAUACUCGCCCUUCAUUGGUGUCCGAGGUUUCAAAAUCGACCGUGGAUGAGCUAAAGAGGGUGAAAACAGAAGGCAAUAGUAUGAUACAAUCCCGAGAAAAAAUCGACAAGAGAGGAGGAACUAUUCGAUCCACAUUCACCAUUAACUCCACCAUCGUCGAAAUGUUACAAGGGAGGAUACAGAAACUUCCUAUUCCCAGAUGGUCGGAUUGCGAUUGCAAAACCUGCACUUGCUGGACUUCUUGCAAAGAAUCACUAUUCGUCAAAGCUGACGGAGCUAAAGAAAAUGUGCAAGAAGAUGUUUUGUUCAUUCAUGGAUUCAUCUCGUCGUCUGCAUUCUGGACCGAAACAUUAUAUCCAAACUUCUCAAAGACUACGAAAUCAAAGUACAGGUUACUCGCAGUGGAUCUGCUCGGUUUUGGGAAGAGUCCGAAGCCAAACGAUUCUCUUUAUACUCUAAGAGAACAUUUAGACAUGAUUGAGAAGUCUGUUCUUGAGGAAUACAAAGUGAAAUCUUUUCACAUUGUGGCACAUUCAAUGGGUUGCAUUUUGGCUCUUGCACUUGCUGUCAAUCAUCCUGCAUCUGUCAAGUCCCUAACUCUACUUGCACCACCAUAUUUUCCGGCACCGAAGGGUGAACAACCAUCACAAUAUAUGAUGAAAAGGGUGGCACCACGUCGAGUUUGGCCACUGAUCACGUUUGGGGCAUCGUUAGGUUGCUGGUACGAGCACAUCGGUCGAACCGUUUCCCUAGUGCUAUGCAAGAACCACCGUCUGUGGGAAUUUCUCACCAAACUUUUCACCAGAAACAGGAUAAGAACAUACUUGAUGGAGGGGUUCUUCUGUCACACGCACAUCGCAGCAUGGCAUACGCUGCACAACAUAAUAUGUGGCACCGCCGGACUAAUGGAAAGAUACUUGCACGAGGUUAAGAAUGUGGUAAAGUGCGACGUGAAUAUAUUCCACGGUAAAGAUGAUGAACUCAUUCCAGUCGAGUGCAGUUACAGCGUUAAAUCAAUAAUUCCCCGAGCUAGAGUUAAGGUUGUCGAAAACAAAGAUCACAUCACAAUAGUUGUCGGAAGGCAGCAGGCCUUUGCUAGGGAACUCGAGCAGAUAUGGAGAAAUGCAAGCGCAAUUUAA